CAACGGGAUCCGUCAGCCUACAGUCACGAGGAGGACGACGACCUCCGCGGGGCUGCACAUGUAGCAUCCCGCCACGCGGGCGAAUCGGGCGACGUUGGCCUUUUCAGUUCCAUCUUGGACACUAUCGGUCAGAGGAAGCAAAAGGACGAGAUUGACAAGGAAGAUGUCGACGAGGCUGCGGCCAUUAAGAACCACAAGAAAUACUUCGCAGGUGACGACCAAGAUGACGACAUGGACGAGCACGGUAUGGGGACUGCCGCAGUCAUGCAAGCCCUCAAGAUGUUCACCGGCCAUGGUGGUCCUGCUGUAGGCGGAGGUGGCAUCUCUGGUACCCAGCAGAACGAGUUUAUCGGCCUUGCCUUGGGCGAGGCGAGCAAGCUCUUCGACAAGAAGGCAUCCCAAGGCAAAGUCCCCGAGGGUGCGUCCAAAGAGUCGGCUCUCAUGCAGGCCGGGGAGAUGGCGCUCAAGUUUUACAUGAAAUCCAAGUCCGAUGCUCCGGCCACCGGACCUGGGGGUGUGAGUGGACUCAUGGGGCUUGCUUCGCAGUUUAUGAAAUGA